AAUUGUGUACGGUGUACUCUCUGGCGCACUAGAGAGAGAGUUGCCAAUCUCAAAUAUCGAAUAUAUUUAGGGGUGACAAAAGAGAGAGAUAGAGAGAAAAAAGAGAAAAAAAAAAAUGAGAAUCCAUGUUGCCGUCGUUAUCGUUGUCCGGCUGGUGGAAUGACGUCAUCGAAUGUUGGUGCGAGUGCCGAGUGGUUUUCAUGUACACUUGUUUUUUCCAUCAUUAUUAACGUUACAAUAAUCAUGUUUUUAUGAUAAAAUUGUGUCAAUUUUUAAUUGUUUAUACAUUUAUUUAUUUAUUAAAAUAAUAAUAUUAAUAACACCAAUAAUAAUAACAACAACAACAAUAACAAUAAUUGAGUGAUACAUUUGUUUUGUUUUUUUCAUUAAAGCCACAUAGAUCACACAAAAUAUUUCAUGUCAAAUUAUAAAAUUUGAUAAUUUAUUAUUAUUAUUAUAUUUUUAUUUUAUUGUCAUUAUUUUCAACGUUUAUCAAGUGAUUUAAAUAUUGAUUUUUCUUUUUUUUUUUUUGUUAUUUUUAUUUCGGAGUGAAAAUAUAUUUAAUGAUAUUUGUUGUUUUACAAGGAAAACGAAUUUCAUUGUUUAAAUUUUCUGGUUGAAAAAAUAAAGAAAAAAAAAGUGAAUUUAAGUGACGUCUUUCCUUUAUUUUCAUCUUCAAGUUAUCGACAAGUCUAAAAUCACAAAACACCAUCAAUAAUGCCUGCCUAUUUUUAUUUAUGACAAAUUUAUAUAAUACAUCAUCUUGAAGAGAAAAAAACAAGCAGUCUCAUUGGUAGAGGUGAAGGACAACAAGAUUUUUGUUGUUUAACAGCUGAUAAAGUAAAAUAAAUUAUCAAGCAAAAGACUGGAGUCACAGGUAGAUAAUCAAGUGCCAGUUAAAAUAAGGGCACAAGAUAAACAAUCACUUAGGCGUAUGCCUUAUCUUGGUCCUGAUAUGACAACCCGACUGUCCGCCAUGUUUUACACGGUUGAGGUCGGGGACACUAGAUUUACAAUAUUAAAAAGAUAUCAAAAUUUAAAACCAAUUGGAUCUGGUGCACAGGGAAUUGUAUGUGCUGCAUAUGACACAAUAACAGCACAAAAUGUUGCUAUUAAAAAAUUAUCAAGACCAUUUCAAAAUGUAACACAUGCUAAAAGAGCAUACAGAGAAUUUAAAUUAAUGAAACUUGUUAAUCAUAAAAAUAUAAUUGGUUUAUUAAAUGCAUUUACACCACAACGUACAUUACAUGAAUUUCAAGAUGUUUAUUUGGUUAUGGAAUUGAUGGAUGCUAAUCUAUGUCAAGUCAUUCAAAUGGAUCUUGAUCAUGAAAGAAUGUCAUAUUUAUUAUAUCAAAUGCUUUGUGGUAUAAAACAUCUUCAUUCUGCUGGUAUUAUUCAUCGAGAUUUAAAACCAAGUAACAUUGUUGUCAAGUCAGAUUGUACACUUAAAAUACUUGAUUUUGGAUUGGCAAGAACUGCUGGUACAACAUUUAUGAUGACACCAUAUGUUGUAACACGUUAUUAUAGAGCACCAGAAGUUAUUCUUGGUAUGGGAUACAAAGAAAAUGUUGAUAUAUGGUCAGUUGGUUGUAUUAUGGGUGAAAUGAUACGAGGUGGAGUAUUAUUUCCUGGUACUGAUCACAUUGAUCAAUGGAAUAAAAUUAUUGAACAAUUGGGAACACCAGCACAAGAAUUUAUGCAACGAUUGCAACCAACAGUUAGAAAUUAUGUUGAGAAUAGACCUCGUUAUCCAGGUUAUCCAUUUGAAAAACUAUUUCCUGAUAUAUUAUUUCCAACAGAUUCUUCAGAGCACAAUAGAUUAAAAGCGAGUCAAGCGAGAGAUUUGUUGUCACGUAUGCUAGUCAUUGAUCCAGAACGACGUAUUUCGGUCGAUGAUGCUUUACUGCACAAUUACAUAAAUGUCUGGUAUGAUGAGGGUGAAGUAAAUGCUCCUGCACCAGGACCAUAUGAUCACAGUGUAGAUGAACGAGAACACACUGUAGAUCAAUGGAAAGAACUUAUUUAUCAAGAAGUUAUGGAAUAUGAAACAAGUCAUAAUCCAGUUGCAUCUACCCAAUCAUCUGUUGAAACAGUUGCUGGAUCGCGGUAGAAAUGUUAUAAUUAAUUUAAAAAUACACUAAAAUCACAUACACUAAAAGCCAAAAAAAAAAAAAAAAAAAAGGAAAAGAAAUAAAUAAAUGUCUAACUACAUACUUUAAAUCUUAAUUUUUUUUUUUUCUUUUUCUGUAUUAUUAAAGAAUUAUGAAUCAUGUAUUGAGAAAAAAAAAAAAAAAAAAAGAAAAACAACAAAAAAAAGCAGCUGUAUUAUUUGGACAAUCACAUUUAAUUUCUAAAUUAAUUAUUUAAAGAAAUUCAUAGAUCCCGACUGCCGAAAUAUAAAAAGUUGCACUGCUUUUAAUUGUACCCUUUAUUAAAUGCUUCUUCUUCUUCUUCAAUAAUUCUAAUAUUAAUAAUAAUAAUAAUCAUAUAAUAAUAAUAAAAUAAAGACGUAAUCAUUAUAACAGAUCGUCAUGAAAAAAUAAUAUAAAGUUGAUACAUAAAAGCAACGGUAAAAAAAAAAGAAAAAAAAAGACAAAAUUUUUAAUAAAUAAUUAAUAAAAUACCAGGCCAUAAAGUCGGUGGUAAGGCAAUAUUUUUUUGUUUUUCAUUUAAUAGUAAUAAUUAAUUCUAAAUAAUACAAAAAACUCCGAUGUAGUUUUGCGUUAUAAAUAAAUAAAUAAAUAAUAAAUUUGUACAGAUAAUAAUAAUGGCAAUUGCAUUGAUAAUAAAUGCUUAACAUUUUCAUAUAUUUUCUGGUUUAUUUUUUUAUAUUUUUAUUUUGUUUUUUUUUUUCGCUAAAAGUCAAGCCUCACGUGUAAAUUACAACCCUUGAAUCAUUAAUAGUAAUAAUAAUAAAAAAUAUAAUAAUUAAUAAACCUAAAAACAAUAAUAAUGAUGAUAAUAAUGAAAAAAAAGAAAAAACGAUUUGAGAUGAAAUCAUUGUAUUUAUUAUGAGUUAAUAAAGUAUUAGCAAAUGAAAAAAAAUUUAAAUUAAUAAAAACAAAAAGGAUUAAAAAAUAAAAAUAAAAAAAGAGUCAGUUGAUAAAAUAAUUAUAGAUAUACGAUUAAUAGAAAUAAUAAUAAUAAUAAAAACAAAGAAGAAGAAAAAAAAAUAAAUAAUUUGUAAAACGUGUUGAGCUAUUGUUUUAUACAUAGCAAUGAAUAAUAAUAAUUAUUAUUACUACAGUCCGAUCCAAAUAAUAAUCAAGCUUUUGUAAUAGUAUAUAUAUUAUAAUAAAUUAAGUAAUUAUUAUUAUUAUAUAAUUAAAUUUGUUAUGUAUAUACAUAACACAUAAGAAUUAUCAUAAUAAUAAAUGAUGUCAUGAUGAUUGAUGAGCAUGUUGUAUGUAAAAAAAAAUAUUUCAUAUGAAACAGUGAAGAAAAAUAAAAGUUAAAAAUAAUUACAAUUACCGGUUAAUACUAUAAUGACUAAUAAAUUAAUUGAAAAUUAUUUUUCAAUUAUUAAAAUGAAUAUAAAAAAUACUAUAAAAAUGGCAAUCAUUCAAUGAUAUUAUCAAUAUCAAAUUGUUUAAUAAUUAUUUCAUGCAAUUGUUGAGUGAUAAAAUUUAAUUAUUAUUAUUAUUAACAUGUUGUUAUUAUUUUUUUUUGUUUUUAUUUUUAAUUUAAAAUAAAAGUCACUAAUACAAAGCUGUAUAUUGGACAGGGUAAAUUAAUGAAAAUCAGUUGAAACUAGAUACUGUAUCCAAAAAAAUAAAUAUAAAUUAUUUCCACUUUCGAAUUUGCUCCUUUUACUCAGGCUCUAAAAAAGACUUGAUCAUAAAAUAAUCCUAAAUAAUUAUUAAAUGUAAUUAUAUUAUAAUUUAAAAUUAAAAUUAAUUAAUUAUGUCAGUAUAUUUUUUAAGUAAUGAAUGAGUAAACUUUUUUUUUUGUUUUCAUUAUGUUUAUAUUUUUUUUGAGUAUAAAUACUGACAUGAAAGUUUAUAAAGAAUGAAAUAAUUUAAAAAACCCAUACUCAAUUACACAAACAACAUAAUAAUAAUAUUAUUAAUUAUAAUAAUGAAUUAAUAAUAAUAAAUAUUAGUUUGUAAUGGUAAUUGAUUGAUAUUAUUCAGAGAAAAAGAGAGUAGUUGAUUUAUUUUAGAAAUAAUAAUGACAAUUUGAUAAAAAAAACAUAAAUUUGUUGGAGAAUUAAGUCAAAUGAUGAUGAUUGAUGUUGAUGAUACUGCUUUCGACUGUGAAUGAAUGAAUUGAGUUUGAAUUAUGAUGAAAACUGUGAAAUUAGUCAACUGGUAGUUUAAAUUGAUAAUAUAAUAAUAAUUAUUGUUUUUAAUAAAUAAAGAAAAAAUAAUUUGAGUGAUAUAAUUAUGUGAAUUCAAGAAUAAUAAUAAAAAAAAAAAACUUGAAUGAUUUAAUUAUAAAUAAAAAAUAAUUAAUUUCAUUGCA